AUGGCCGACCGGCCCCCUCCAGUAACGCGCCCCGGCGCCCCGCGACCAGCGCGCAACAACCACACCGCCGCCACCGGCGUUCGUCGCAACCUCUUUCAGUCGCAACUCACGCGCCGUCCGACACCCGCGUCGUCCAAUUCGGCGGAGACGAUGCGCUUCGAUAUCGACGUCCUGUCCGAAGCCGACACAUCGGAGAUCGUCAUCCGCGAUCAGAACGGGGAGGUGCAGGUGGGCGACCCGCCGGCGCCGUCGGACGAUGAGGCCGAGGUGGAGGCGCUGGAUGAUGCGCAGGAGAAUGAACGGGAGAGACGCAAGCUUGCCGAAGCAGUCAAACAUCACCAAAUCAACCAUAAUAGGGCUCCUGCAGAACUGGAAGAAGUUCUCGAAACGUUACGUGCAAGCAUGAGGGCACAGGUAGCCGCUUUGGCCGAAGACAAUUGGAUGUACGAACCAGAAGAGCAGCCACGAGGCCAAUGA